CCCGCCCCUUUCCUCUUCCGACUGCGCCUUCGCCCCUCAGAACGCGGGGCUUGACGCCCACGCCGCUGAAAGGGGCGCAAGGAGGAACCUCUGAGGUGCAUAUUGGGGAAAGAUCUGCUUCUCCUCAAGGCCUUGAAAUCCCAGAUCCCGACGGGUUGGGGCGCUUCUGGAAGUCGCCGCGCUCCGCUUUGCAUAACAAUACAAGCUUUGCACAACCAACGCCGACUGGCAUUUAAAGGCGUCGCCGCGGCCCCAGACCUCGUAGUUACCUUCCCGGGAGCCCACCUUUUGCAAUGAUGUCCCUGAUUCGGGCUCCGCUCCUGAUCUCCCUGGGCUUGCUUCUCGCUGGCCACGAGGCCCUUGCAAAGGUUCCAAUGAAACAGGCAUUCCGGAUCAGUAGCUUUUCCUGGGAGAACUGUGACGGUGGGAAGGACCCUGUGCUGAUCAAAAGCCUAAAUGUGGAACCUAACCCCAUUGUAGAGCCUGGGAAUGUGACUGUGAGUGCCGAGACCCAGACAAGUGUCCCCCUCAAUUCUCCUCUGAAGGUGGACUUAACUGUGCAGAAGGAAAUGGCUGGCUUCUGGGUCAAAGUCCCAUGUGUAGAACAAAUCGGUAGCUGUACCUAUGAAGACAUCUGUAACGUAUUUGACAUUUUCCUUCCCCCUGGAGAGCCCUGUCCAGAGCCCCUGCACACCUAUGGGCUUCCCUGCCACUGUCCCUUCAAAGAAGGCAAAUACUCACUGCCCAAGAGUGUUAUCAACAUACCCCACCUGGACCUGCCCAGCUGGCUCAGUACCGGAAACUACCGAAUCCAGAAUAUCCUAAGCAGCGGCAAGAAACAUCUGGGCUGUUUCAAGAUCGAUGUCUCUCUAGAGGCCAUUAAUAUGGCACCAGCUGCAGCAGAAUGAAGGCCUGUGAGGAAGGUGUCCUCUUCCUCUGUCUUGCAUUUGUCAAAGCCAAAUUCUGAUUUUCUGUCCCCCUUCAAGCCCCUUUCCCCAGUGAUGCUACUACCCUCGCUGAAAGUCAUUUUGUGCCACUGACAUUUUAGGUGUGGGCAAGCAGUCCUAACCUCAGGUGGGGUGAUCCUGGCAGUUCUUGAUGGCUCAGGACAUCUGCUGGGCUGGCCACUUCAUUCUCCUCUUCACUCCUAUGGCUUUCUCUCUAAGAGCUUAACUUAUUUUCCAAGCAGUCAAGGAAGAGAAUGAACAUGUUUUGUUACCCCAAGUUCAGACUAACCCAGUCUUGCUCUCCUGAAGUACCUUGAAUGAUUUUUCUCAUUAAAAAAUUUUUUUUAUCACUAACUUAAAAGCAGAGUGAGAGUAUUAUCAGUUUUCAUUUUACUCCAACCCCCUCGGACAAUGAAGGGCCUGAACUAGUAGAGCUCAGUCCGUUCCUCCAUUAACAUCUGCGAUUGGGCACAAUGUAUCCUGGAGAGGCAGGGUGUGGGGUGAGGGUCUUCCUCUAUGUAUUUAAGAUAGUUGACAACCUCAGGUGCCUGCAGGGCCAAGUACAAGACAUAAAUGAGUGACGAGGA